AUGGCCAAUAGUAUUCGUACUCACUGCAUUGGUAGGGUGCCCGAUGGCAAAGCCGAUGGUCCUGAGUGGGCUCGAUGGUCCCAAGAUCGUGACCCUUGCGGGUUCGACCAGGAAGAGAACAAUGUACCUAUGUUCAGAGCAUGGACUGUCAACUCACAGCACAAGGGUGCUAAGGGUUGGAGACGGAAUUGGACCCGUUCUCUUGUGAACCAUUACUAUCACGAAUUAGCACCCACUUAUUGGCUGGAGCAGACUUGGCAGGCAUCCUGCGGAGGACAUCCAGGGCUUGAUUUUUCGAGCUCACCAGGUGAACGACAGACGAUUCUAGGCAAUCGGUGUGUUUCAAGUCGUAAUGGCCCUACCAGGCCACCAAAUUUAGAACUGCCUAAGAUUCCUGGUGGAACAGCUAACAAAAAGGCCAAUCACAUGAGAAGAACUACCGCGGCUUCAUUAGCCCUGCAGCUUACUAUGCCACAGAUAGCAAUUGAGAAUGACAGCAGCGCCAUGGGUUCAAGGCAGCGUAAGUCCAAGAGACUUGGUCCAAGAGUUUUCUGGACGCUUUGCGCCGAGAGAAAGGCUGGAUCAUGUUGUCCCACUUGUAAGGGUUCAGGGUCUCGAACAGGCGGAACGGAUUCCGCACCUUUGGCUUGUACAGCCAACGGGUGUUUGACGGGCGAUAAGUACCGAGCCAAGUCCCAUAUCAGUGUCACCGAGGCGCGCACUGCACCAUUAGCAAACACUGGCGGUUUCAAGCAAAGCAAAAGUGGAAUCAAUCUGUACCGCUAUGUACUGAUCUUCUUCUCAUCGCAAGGAUCCGUCGAUAUGAUUGGACGGCUGGGCUCAUGGCCGUUUACUUUCAAUUUAUGUCGCCAACUGCUCGCAAAUAUGGCGUCACCUAGACCGGGAGAUACAGCUGCUACGCGCCGACUGGGUGGUGAUUGGUGA